GCAUUUCCGGGUACAGAUUGCAGUCUGAGAGAUGACAAGUUCUCCAGAGAAGAUAAAUACAGUGCAAGAAGCUGUCACCGAAGCGCAGGAUGAUAAAGAUGAUUACCUAGAAAGAAAUAAUGAGUUUGAAUGUGACCUGCAUGAGAAGCUCAUGGACUUUCCUGAAGACUUCAACCAGCUCGAACUAUUAAAGACCCAUGGACAUCUAAUUCCCACUGGGACGCAGAGCCUCUGGCCUGAGGAGUCUGAUGAAGAAACGGAAGAAAAACCAGAAGAAUGGUACCAAAUGCAGGAGAAGGAACUGGAAGACAACCCCCCAGAAUUGCUCCUUUUUGCCGCGGAAAACAACAGACUCAACACAGUUCAGCAAAUUCUGUCUACUAAGCCACAUCUAGUGAACACCACUGAUGAAGACCACUACACCCCACUCCACAGAGCAUCCUACAAUGGUCACCUUAACAUAGUGCGGGAGCUGAUUGCCAGAGGGGCUAAUGUGCAUGCUGUUACAGUAGAUGGAUGGACCCCUCUGCACAGUGCGUGCAAGUGGAACAACACUCCAGUAGCCUCAUUUUUACUUCAACAUGGGGCAGACAUCAAUGCCCAAACUCAAGGCUUACUGACCCCACUGCACCUUGCUUCUGGGAACCGAGACUGCCGCCAGAUUCUAGAACUUUUGUUGAUGAAUCGCUACAUCAAACCAAACUUGAAAAAUAAAGUCGGCGAAACUGCCUAUGAGAUCGCCAGGCGGACUGAUGUAUAUCACUAUCUCUUCGAAAUUGCUGAUUAUUUGAUUCAACCUUCAUCAGAAACAUAAAAUCUUUGAUAAAACUGCUGCGGAAAAGCAGUUUGAUUAGUGAAUAUAAAUCCUAAAUUACAGGCUACUGGAAAAUAAAAAAUGACUUUGAUAUUUGAUUGCUAGGCAAGAUGUAAUGACGUGAUUAAUAGUACACCAUGUGGCAAUACCUUUUAAAACAUGUGAAAUGUGUUUUCUACACUAAGCAAAAUGUGGACUCCCAGCUUGUGAUGAAUUAUAAUUCCCAUCUACUAGGAAGGAUGCAGCUUGGGUUGAAUAGCAUCUCCUCUGAUGGCUUGCCAAAUUAAACCAUAGUUCUCUAGUAUAGUUAAUUUUAACUUGAGCAGUCUAAAAUCUGGCAAAAGUAUUGUGGGAGUUGCAGCUUUCACACCUUUUAUAUAACUUAAAACCACUUAGGGUGUUUAUUCCCUAAAGGUGAAAGUAGGGAUUGGUCAUGAUUAAAUAAUACAGGGUAAUUGCACUUUUAUUUUAGAGAGGGAGAUAUAGCUUACAGUUCAUCAGAUUUGGACUCAAAUCUACAAUUUCCUACUAAUUCUGUUUAAUUCCUGGUUUAGUAAACUGACCCCACCAGCUGUCUGUUGGGAUAAAUACAGGUACAGUGUAGGAGAGUGACAUGUUUGGUACCCACAUAAGCAG